UCUGUGUUUUCCCUAUAUAAAUAGAACAGAGAUCAGCCAUUAGCGUACCUCAUCAUUCUUCGUUAAAUUCUUCAUAUCCCACUGUAUCUGCACAACUAUUCGCAUUGGAAGAGAAGACGAAGUCGUACAGCAAGCAUUAGAACAACAAAGGAUCGACAAGUAACUGAAAAGGCAAUAACGUCGGUGAAAUUAAUAAACAAAUCAUGAGGUUCUCUUUGUCGAAUGACGAGUUGCUUGCCACAUUUACACCUGUGUUAGUGUACUGGAUCUAUUCAGGGAUUUUUAUGAUUCUGGGAGAUUUGAAUAACUAUAGGCUUCACACUAAGGCUGAGGAGGAAUCCAAGAAUAUAGUCUCCAAGACAACUGUUCUCAAAGGCGUCCUCCUGCAACAAUCUAUCCAUAUCACUCUUUCCCUUCUCUUCUACACGAUCACGGGCAGCGAUAAACCCACCUCUCCACAACAAUUUUCCAUGGUGGUAUUCAUUCUCCAGUUCUUCGUCGCCAUGGUUGUGCUCGAUACAUGCCAGUAUUUCACCCAUAGAUUGAUGCACAUGAACCAGUUCUUGUACAAGCACGUUCACUCGCAACAUCACACGCUUAUUGUCCCAUAUGCAUUUGGGGCACUGUACAACCACCCUCUUGAGGGCCUCUUCUCCGAUGCGGUGGCGGGAGCCAUUGCCGUCGCCAUCUCUGGAAUGAGUCCUCGCGCAGCUACUGUCUUCUUCUCAUUCACCACCAUUAAAACAGUUGACGAUCACUGCGGAUUGUGGCUUCCAGGAAACUUGCUUCAUCUUUGCUUCGCAAACAAUUGCGCAUUUCAUGACAUACAUCAUCAGCUCUAUGGUCUGAAGCGCAAUUUUUCUAAUCCUUAUUUUGUGACUUGGGAUAAACUGCUUGGGACUUACAUGCCUUACAAGCUUGAAAAGAGAGAGAAGGGAGGAUAUGAGGCACGGCCGAUAGCUUAUACGAAGACCGAAUAAUUAAUCACAGAGUGUAAUUCAUUAAGUUUGAAUUACUGGACUUAUAGGCCUUGCAAGUUAAUGCAUAUAUAUAGAUAAAUAUAUAUUUGUGAGUGUGUUUUCUUGAAAAAGAAUAUUUUUAUAAGGUGGGAAAUAAAUAUGCUGUAGAAGUGUUGUUUCAGUCAUAUUUCUGUACAAAAGUUCGUUGUAGUGACUAGUCUAAUGUAUGAGAUUAAGGUUUUAUUUGGAA